CCUAAUGCUGUUAGGGGCCCCUGAUAUGACCAGUCCUCCUCGUCCUCGCAAUAAAACAAACCAAGGGUGUUUGCCUUGCCGGAUUCGAAAGAAGAAGUGUCCUUUAAAUCCUGACCAUCUUGGGAGCUGCCAGGAAUGCAAAAGACUCGGGCUUCACUGCGAGGGUUUCAACUCUAAACUGCCAAUGUGGGCAAAGAACAAGGAGAAACUCAAACUCUACAAGGAAUACCUAAAGAGAAGCAUUGCAUCCAACCGCAGAGUGAUGUGGCGGGGGUCCCGGCCAUCUUAUGAACCCCCAACAUACCUUUCUUUGCCUGAUACAGAGGCACUUCCCUCGCACCGUUUCCAAGACUUGGGGGAGAUUGGAAUUGUUUACAUGCACCCGACAGUCCCAUCGCCAGCCGGAGAGCCAGUUUUUGCCCUCUCUGAGAUGAAUGGAGGGGCACUGCUUUUAGUCCCCGCGUCCGUCAAUCCUGCCGUUCUUGACAUGCAGUCUGAGUAUGGUGCCCACCUGCGUAUUUAGUGGUGCGGCUGUUGGAUACAUGAGGACCGUCGAAGUCGCUAGUAUGAUAUGUAGAUGUAUUGUGGC